AUGGAACAAUCAGCAGUAACCGUUAUGGCCUUGUUGAUGGCGGUGUUAGUACCUCUCCCUGCGUGUGGUGUGAGGACAUUUGACACAGGCGCUGGUAAAGUACACAAGCUAAGUGUGACUAAAGAUGUCACUCUAGAGAGGGGAAGCCGAAACUUCAACAGUUUGAAAUAUCUCAUAGUAUCCAAACACCCGGGAUAUCCUAACAAGCGCUCAUUGGUCCAGUUUGAAAAUCUUCCCAGGUCGUGUCCAUCAUCAAAUGUGAUUUCAGCCAAAAUGUACUUGUACUAUGAGUAUUCCCACAAAGCAAGUUUUCGCUCUAUCAAAAGUGUCCCUUUCAUUCUGCGUUAUUUGCGAGUGUACCUUGUUAAAAAACCGUGGGCUGAAUCUCAAGCAACCAGUACCAUGCGCAAACGUGGCAUCCGUUGGUCUUCCCCGUGGCUAGCGCUGGACGGCAGAGACGCUGAGGCAACUGCCCAACGAGGAACUGUCACCAUCUUUCCCCACAGACCCAAAGGUUUUGUGGAGUUUGACGUCACAAAUGCGGUGAAGGCCUGGAGUAGAGGAGUACCUAAUUACGGCUUGUUGAUACGCGCAACAAACGAGUUUAGUCCUGGCAGGGACACACGCUUUGCCUCCAACGCCAACACCGCUUCAAAGCACGCGUUUGUUUUGGUGCGCUGCAAAUGA